AAGUUUCUUUGUCUUGCAGGGGAAAUUUUGUGUUUGCUCUUUAAUUAAAUAGAUAAAUAUAUAUGUACACACUAUGGUCUGAACACACACCAGAAUGACUAAAAAGGAAGAAAACGUAUUUCUUUUGAAAACAUUAAAUACACAGUUUAUAAAUAUAGAUGAACACAAACAAGCACAGGAGUAGCAGAAGAUAGUUGGAGUGGCACAUUUUAUAAAAUUGUGGUCCUGUGUCAAACGUGUAAUUCUGGUAAAGGGAUAGUGAGUGGCACAACUGUCUAUGGAUCCCAUACAGCCACUUGAUGUAGAUGGGUGGUGAGGCCGGCAUGUGGUGGCAGCGCUGGUCACAAAGGUUGUCUGUCUAAUUUGCCAUUACUGGUAUAAUGUUCUAUGUUGUAACUUAAUGUUAAUUGGAUUGCAUUGUGCAAAAGUGGGUGUACAGUGUAAGUGUGUGUGUGUAUAUUAUAUAAUACAGAAAUAAAGGCUGAUCCAAACUGAAAGAAUCAUAAAGUGGGCAGAGAGCUGCAUUAGUGAAAGGUUGUGAACUUUGCUCGCGUAUCAUGGAGUGGGUGGCACCAGGGUGAAUGAGACUCCGUGCUAUACUCGUGCAAUGAGUGCACUUCUGGCCGGCAAUAAUUCAGAAUACCUCAGGCUGGUGUGGGGCAGACAGUAUGGAGUUAACUUCACCAUCCAUCCAGCUUUGCAUUCCAGCUAUGAUGACAGCCUCAGGAUACACGCCAUCUUUUUGACAGCAAAGCGUGCUGUUCUGCGCCCCUAAACCAAAGUGCUUUCAGUCAGUGCUGGCUGAGAGGGAAUAAAGCGUUACAGACUUGGGGGAGCAAUCUGAAUAAUGGACCAUAGUCCUUUGGUAAGGCAAAUGGGCAGUGGAUGUGAAGAAGCAAGCAUGGAAUUAGGUGCCAUCAAUGUACGGAAUUCAGAGCCUGCGGAUGCCAAAGGCGCCGUGUUUCCCGUGAAGAUCCAAGUGCCUGGCAUGGAUCCAUUUGAAGUGCAGGUCAGCCAGCAGACGUCGAUUCACAAGGUCAUGCAGGCUGUUAUGGCACGCCAGGAGUCUUGCUGUAGGACGUGCUUCUCUCUGCACUUUGGCGGCUCAAUCCUGGACCCCCAGUCGGAGCUGGGUGCUGUAGUGGGCCUCGGGCCAGGGGCUGAACUUAAACUGGUUGAAGAGCUGUAUGCUUUACAGGACGCCCGAGCUCAUGUGGCCCAUCUAAUGCGACUCUUACGAACUCAGGAGGCAGGUGAUCCUUACAGUGGGCAAGCUUGUCAUUCCCUUAGCUUCCUGGAGGAGGUUCUGAAGGGACAUGGAUGUGAACCUGUCAAUGGUAGCUGGAGUAAAUGGCCGGGCUCCCUCCCCGGAUGUGACCUCUCUGACUGCGUGGUUCCUGACUAUAUACGGCCCAGAUGCAAGGAGCGGCCUCUUCUGCCACUGCAGCCUCCGAGUGCAGAAUCCAAGGCUCCUCCAUGCCUGCUCAGCUUGAUCAUAAGCCAGUGGAGCCCACCUCCAGGAAACAGGAAGCUGCAUGGGGAUCUGCUGUACCUGACCGUGCGCACGAUUGAGGGACGGAGUGUGGACAUCACGGCCUGUGCACGUGGCUUCUAUGUCAACCAGUCCAGCUUGGAUAACUUUGACCCCACCAUGGCAUCUCCUGGUCUACUCAGCCAUUCCCUCUCAGACGUGCUUUCUCAGCUCAGCCCAGCUUUCAGAAGGGGGUUUGCGUUCAUCCAGAAAAGCAGGUUACCAAAUCACAGCCUUGACAAGAUGGAAGCCCCCAAGAAGAUCUAUAGCUGGACAUCUCCGAGGAUAGCCCACAGUGCGAACUGGGAGCCCUGCAGCCUUGGCCUGGGGCUGGAAUUCCAUGGCUCAGAACAGAUCAGAGACUGGAAUGAGGAGUUCCAGACGGCUCAGGAGCUGCCCCAGACCACCCUGACGGCCCGACUGCACAGAGAUCACUCCUUGUUCAAGGUCAACAGUGAUUUUGUGCUGGAAGCCACUCGUGGGGCAGUAGCAGCCGUCGAAGGGAGCAUCAUUCCAAUAAACCCGAGUGAAAAUCCCUGCCUGCAUGUCUUUCUGUGGAAAGGCAUCUUCUUGAGUUUGGCAUCAGAUGGUGCUGUAGGUUGUGACAAAGCUGCUCGUGCUGUACCGAGAUUGGACCUGGCAGGAAUUCAGGCCUACAGCGGCCUACUGGAAAUGGCAGACAGGCUGCACGCUCUGGCUACUUGCAUCAUUGACUACCGUGGUUAUCGUGUGGUAGCCCAAGCUUUGGCACCUGGCGUCCUGGAGCGUGGAGUAGAGAACCGUAUUUUGUAUGGCUGUGCCAAUUCCGGACAUGACGCAGCCGCCAGUAGGAAGUUUAUAGAAUUGCUGGGCCAAGCAGCAAAACUACUUAGGAUACAGAAACAUGGCGUGCUGCUGUCAUCUGGAAAGCAAAUUAGCAUUUACUCUUCAGCUGACUGCAAGGGCAUUGUGGGCAACGACGGACGGUACUAUAUCUUAGAUCUCUAUCACACGUAUCCCCCAGACCUCAAUUUCCAGCCCCAGAAUCAAGAAAGGGAUGGCACCUCCACAGGUCUUCUUCAUGAGUUCCCUCAUCAAUUCUACCGUUUGCGGCCAGAGGUCAUUAAGAGCUUCGUCCAGCAAAAAUACUCCCAGUUCAUGAGGAUUGUAAUGGAGAAGAUGCAGGACACAGCGGAUGAUGGGACAAAGCCCUCACUGGAGGCCGCUGGACCAAAGGGUGUCGAUGCAGUGAGGGUUGCCUGCAAAGAAGUGGGCUCAGUUAGUGACAUCAUGUUUGAGAUCCGUUUUAACCCUGACAUCAACUCACCGGGUGUGCUCUUUCCAGACUCCGAAAAGGAGGCUCUACAGAAGCAGACGGCUUUGCUGCGACAGGCUGCAGACUUCCUGGUUUCCGAGCAGAUUCCAUCAUUUAUUACGGACUGCCUGAACCACCUCACUGUGCCUGUGGAUGGCAGCACUAUAACAGCAGCGCUCCACCAGCGAGGAAUUAACCUGCGCUACAUGGGAAGAAUUGUGCACCUCAUCAGCGAAUCAGAAAGCAAGCAGCGGCUGCAGCACAUCUAUCGGCUCCUCAUCUGUCAGAUGGUGACACGAUCAGCCAGACGAAUCUUCAACCUCUACCUGCAGGGUGUGAACGUAUCCAAUAUUUCUGCUGCUGUCAGCCAUUUCCUCAAUUGUCUUCUGGGCUCACCUUCCAGUUCCUCCAACUCAGUGAGCGGGGAAAGCAGCGGACUUCGCAAGAAGAAGGCUCGGCGUAAAGGGCGCAGCACAGCAGGGAGUUUGGAUGCCACAGCCUGGACAACGCUGACGCCAUCUGAGCUCUGGGCUCAGCUUCUACAGGAUGCCAAAGAAACCUUCCACUUGACAACACACAUAGGAGAUCGAAUUGACCAGGUGGUACUGGAGACGGGUGUGCAAAAGGUGUCUCUGCUGAGGGAACUGUGUCUGAAGUGUGGGAUCCAGCUCUUGUUACGAGAAUACAGCCUUGACAACCAGCAUACUUCGCCGUUCAACCCAGAGGACAUUGUCAAUAUCUUUCCUGUUGUGAAACAUCUUCAUGUUCCAUCCAUUGAUGGGACCAAGAUGCUUUGCAGAGCUCAGGCUAGCCUGCAACAAGGUUGCCUAAAAACUGGUUAUCAGCAGCUGCAGGAUGCCCUGGCCCUCUUCACCCGUGUCUAUGGAUUCUUGCAUCCUGACUCCUGCUUGUGCCUCCAAGGGCUGGCAAAAAUUGCCUACAUUGCUGGCAAAUACUCAGAGGCGGUGAUCAUGCAGAAGAAAGCUGUCAUCAUCAGUGAGCGGGCCUGGGGCUUCGAUCAUCACAACACUAUCAAUGGAUAUGUCUACCUGGCCCUGUAUUGCUAUGCAGAUGGAGCUACAGCAGCAGCACUGAGGCUACUGGGCCGAGCACGGUACCUUCUGCUGCUUGUUCAUGGAGAGGACCAUCCCUUCAGUGCCAUCAUAGAUAGCAAUAUUGGACUAGUAGUGCAGGGGACGCAACAGGAAGAGAUGGCCAUUCGCUUCCUGCAAAAUGCUCUUAUCAUCAACAAGAAAUUCCAUGGCUCAAAGACUCUGCUCACAGCUUUAAGUUACCACUUGCUUGCUCAAGCCUACUAUAAUAAGGGGGACUUUCGCAGUGCAGUAACCCAUGAACGUGAAGCAUACAACAUCUACCAGGAGCAGCUUGGAAAUGGCCAUGAGCGGACCAAGACGAGUUCUGACUUUCUACACUUUGCCACUGAGCAGGCUGUUCUUCUGCAGCGGUCUUAUAACCAGAUCAACAGAAAUGGCUCCUGCAUCAACAUUACUCCUGUACAGAUUGCAAUGCCCAUUACAGAAUCUAAACUGGAACAACUUGGAUUAAUCAAUGGCUUGCUUUAUGUCACAGAUACCAAAAACAAACAGGCUCAUGUAAAUCUACAAAAUGAAAGGGAAACUGAAUCAAUCUCAGACCUUCAUGAAGAAGUAAAGCAGAGUGCUGGGGACAACAAGCCAGAUGAAGAAUUGCAGGUCAUUUGGACAGAUAAAGGAAUCACUGGUUCAGAACAUAGGCUUGAAGAAGUCGACAAGGGAGAUGGAGAAAAUCCUAAACAGGACAAGUCUGAAAAGCAAGGCAAUUGUACAAGAGACCAUGGAAGCGGUGUGCUUGAAAGGACAGGAAAGUGUAGUUGUGCUGAAAAUAGUAAAAGCAACCCUGAAAAGCCAGGGGAGGUUGAGGAAGUAAGGAUAAGUAAGGAAAUUCUAGAUGAAACUAGAGUUUUGGGAAAAUCCAGGCCUAUAGAUAUAGGCGAGGACAAAAAGAGAAAUAUCAUAGCCUAUGAAUUCGAAAAUUUGGGAGAGAACAGGAGAGUAGAUUCAAUAGAUAGCUUCCCUAGGGAAACUCCAGAGAGCAGUAAAAUGAAUCAAAAAGUGGAUGGAAUAAAAGAAAUUGAAAACAAUGUAAAACACAACCAUGACAAGAUUAGACCAGUAGAGCAUGGAAUAGAUAAUGUAUUGAAUUCCAAAAUCUGUAAAACAGAAAGUACAGGAAUUAAAGUAGUAGAUUCCAAAGAUAUGUCUGAUGGAAAGGAAGAACAAGAUAAAGAUUCCUUUGAAGGCAAUGAAAUAAAAGAGCCAAGAGAAAAUGGUAGCACUAAUUCUGUAACAGUUUUAGCACUAGCAAUACAAAACAGAGAAAAAAGAGAUCCCAAAAUAGAAAGCUCUGAAAGUGUCACAAGACGAAGAGGAAACCCUAACAAGGUAGGACCGGGAGAGGCUGGUCAGAAUGAGGGCAGACCUGAAGAGGCUCAAGUAACUGAAGAUCAGAAUCCCAAAGAUGUGUUGCAAACUACAAAAGGAGAGCAAGGAAGUGAUUUUAAGGAUCCUAAAGAGUUAGCUGGACCGUUUGAAAGAAAGGAGAAAUCAAAAAUUAGUAAAAAUACUCUCAAAGAAGGUGGAUGGCAAGAAACAAGGCAAGACCGUGAUGGGCAUCUCCAUGAGGAUGAAAAUACAGUAGUAAAUGCUAAUACCGUUUUACCAGAAGAAUGUAGGGAAUAUGAUCCAGAGGUAAAGGGAUUAGAACAGACAAAAGUAAAUUGGAACGGUAGACCGGAAGGUACGGAACAAAAUGAUGCUAGCACUGGUGUUCAAGAAAUAAAGGGGGAUGUUGAAAAAAACAACUUCAAAGAGGGUGAAUUUGAAAGUGCAGCACAUUCUGGAAAGGUAUGGCUGGAUGGACAGGGAGGGCUGACAGAAAUGGAGGACAGAAAUGUUAAGGAAGAUGAAUCAAAGGAAGUUAGCAGCAAGAAGACUGCUGACAUUGAAAUGUGCAUUGAAGGUGUUGCCAAAGAGAGAGAUUUGAGAACAGAAUGUGUUGUAGAGGACAUGUGUAGGAGUUGGCAGACCCCAAAUGAAAAUUUAUUUAGGGCAGAUGGAAUUGAAGGGAGUGAAACUUUAGAAUAAUGUGACAAAAGAGAAAUCAACAAACAUACAAGAGGAGCUACUCAAAACAGUAACAACUUGAAAAAGAGCCAAUUGACUCACCAUCUUAUUUGAUGUUCAGAUUUGUAUUAGUAACAAAUGAGCACAAGCUCUGAUCCAGCCUUCCACUCUAAUCAGGAUGAAGCCCUGACACAAAAAACUUUUUCUGUUAAGAAAGCACUGGCAUCACAGCAGCCUAGUUAUAAGGAGAUGAAAACACCUUAAGAAAUGUCUUGAACUUACCAGUUAAGUUCACCUUUAACACUGUGCGGCUGAGCUGCUUUCCUUUAAAUUAAACCCAAUCCCUCAUAAAUAAUUUUGAGCAAGGCUGUCCUGGCAAACAUCUUGCAGUGGAAACAACAAUCAAAUCUUUUUGUAGCUUACUGCCAUCUAGGGUUUAGAUUUCUAGUUUGCUGGUGGAAAGCCUGCUUGUGUUACUAGCAUUAGGAUUGUGACUUACACCAGUAGUAUGUAUACAAAGGUUUCUACCCCGACAAUACUAUUGUAUAUAUCUAAAUAGCUGGAUUGAGAUUAAGCUACCCAACAAAAACCUGUUGUACCAGUUUACUCCACCCGCCCCCCACAAUUUCACUAAACAGUUCUUCAGUAGACUUUUUACGGCAAUGCAGCAGACAUGAGCUAACUACUGUGAGUGGGUCACUUGCUUCUGCUGCAGUAUAAACUGAAAGACUAAUGUGCACCAUACUGCCUAUAUAAUCUGCUGAAUGAACAGAUCUUACUUGUUGAUCUGAUGCAUCCAUCUCAGGUUCAUUAGGAGGUACUGGUAGCACAGUUUUAUUCAUAGUGGACAGAGCUGCUGCAGCAGUGCUGGACACCUCUGAAAAUUUUAGCCUGGGCUAAAGUUGUGUGUUGUUGUGUGUUGUUGCUCCAUAUACACUGGUUUUCUAAAACACUCCAAAAGCUGUUUAUUUCUACUUGAGGUCAAAAAACUAAACAAAACAAAAAAAAAAAAAAA